CGCUUUUAUUGCUCCAACUGGUGCGAAAUUAGAAUAAACCGAGAAAGAAGGAAGGAGGGAAAAGCUUUCUGCAACUACUCUCAGCAGAACGUAACUUGUUGAAUGAGGAGGAGUGCAUUUAAAUGAUGCUGCCUGUGGCAAGAACCACAGGAGACCGAGCUCAGGCGUCUGACAGCCACUGACUUAUGAGGAGUGUCACCCCCGCUCUGCACAUCACAUCUGACCGCUAGUUGACCCUUUCAUCGACGCUCAACGCUUGUGAGGAAGCUCACUUGUUGACACAGCUCAUCAGCCAGGCAGAAGUGGCAAAAAUCGGAGAAUAAAGAAGUGAAUGGGGGCUAAUGGCUGCCUGAGGCUGCUUGCUCAAAAGUAGCAACAUGCUGCCACAGUUCCCAAAUGAUCCAUUGCACCGCGCAAAGCUGCAAUUAGUUUAGAAAAUCCCUUGCAAUAUUGUCAUAUCUGUGACCCAAAAGCGGCUGUAAAUAUAAAGAAAGAAAUUCCACAGAGAAGCAGCGAUGUUUUGGCUCGUAUUCUUCACUCUGCAAGCAGCGUGCACCAGCGUGGCGCAUGCCAUGCAGCAUUACCCGGCGGCUUGGGGACACUAUGACGUGUGCAAGUCCCAGAUCUACACGGAGGAGGGCCUGGCAUGGGACUACAUGGCCUGUCAGCCGGAAGCCACUGACAUGACAAAGUACCUGAGAGUGGCCCUGGACCCCCCAAAUAUCACGUGUGGAGAUCCACCAGAAACGUACUGCGCUUUGGAGAAUCCGUACAUGUGCAACAAUGAAUGUGACGCCAGCACUGAGGAGCUGGCUCAUCCUCCAGAGUUGAUGUUUGACUUCGAGGGUCGAAACCCUACGACUUUCUGGCAGUCGACGUCCUGGAGGAAAUACCCCAAACCCCUCCAGGUCAACAUCACUCUGUCGUGGAACAAAACCAUCGAGCUGACAGAUGACAUCGUACUGACGUUUGAGUCUGGCCGUCCCGAGCAGAUGGUCCUGGAAAAGUCACUCGACUACGGACGGACCUGGACCCCGUACCAGUUCUAUGCCACCGACUGCCUGGAUGCAUUCACCAUGGAACCCAAAACGGUGAAUGACCUCACCCAGCGCACCCUGCUGGAUAUCAUCUGCACUGAGGACUACUCUCGUGGCUAUGUGUGGAAAAACGACAAGACGGUUCGUUUUGAGAUCAAGGACCGCUUUGCCCUGUUUGCCGGGCCCCGGCUACACAACAUGGCCUCGCUGUACGGCCAGCUGGAUACCACCAAGAACCUGAGGGACUUCUUCACCAUCACCGAUCUGAGGAUUAGGCUGCUGAAGCCAGCCACUGGAGCCACCAUGGUGGAUGAGAAUAACCUGUCCAGAUACUUUUACGCCAUCUCUGACAUCAAGGUGCAGGGCAGGUGCAAGUGCAACCUGCAUGCCAACAGCUGUGUGUUUGACAAGGGGAAGCUGGGCUGUGAGUGUGAACACAACACCACAGGGCCAGACUGCAGCCGCUGCAAGAGGCACUACCACGGAAGAGCCUGGAGUGUGGGCUCCUACCUCCCAAUACCCAAAGGAACAGCAAAUAUAUGUAUCCCCAGUAAUCAUGGACCAGUGCAUCGAGCAAAUGCUUCAUCUCUCGGUGUUGCAAACCGUAACCAAGCUCGCGUGUGUGACAACGCCAUGCUGCGCUGUCAGAACGGCGGCACGUGCCACCACCAUCAGCGCUGCCACUGUCCCCCCGGCUUCACGGGCGUCCUGUGUGAGAGAGCUCGCUGCCAGGGCCCAGGGGAGUGCGAUGACCAAUUGUCUGGACGGGCCGCCUUCCAUAACCCCUCCAUCGCUUUUACCUUGCUCCUACUAUUGAUUGUACCCCUUUGCUGAAAGACCAGCCUCCUCAUCUUCAACCAAACCCUGAGACCACAUACGUUGGGACUGGACUCUCAACCUGAGGGACAAAGUGGACAAUGUGCUUGGCAUACAAUAUAAGCAACUCUUUUGUAUAUCCAAGGCUACAAGCAUGGGUGGAAGUGUUACUAGUGCGACAGGAUCUGUUAGAUGGAUUUAUGAAGUCGCUGCAGUCUUAUAAUGUCACAGAGGACACGGUUGGGGCUUUGUGGUUAUGUCAUUCGUUAAAAAGACAUACUGGAAACUCGGGUAGAGCUACCCUCCUUCUGAGAGCAAACUGUACAAAACUAGACACAUGAUUUCUAAGUAUCAUCUGAAGUAAUUAAAAAAUAAUAAUGUGGACGGGGACAUCUUAGAACAUCUCGCCUCACUGCCUCCUCCCUCCUCCCUCUUCUUCUUCCUCUCUCCUCUCCCUCACUGUCUUCACUGCUCCUCCCUGUGCUUUGGUGACUCUGGUGAUUUUCCUUUGCUGAAGGGUGUCUGUUGUUUUCCGCCAAAUGCUGCACAUGUAAUAUUAUCGAGCCCCCUUGAUGAGUCCCUUUUUUUGUUCUCCUUCUCCAGAGGCUUUGUAGUCAUGCUUGAGCUCACCUGUAUGGGAUAAAAAAAAGUUGUAACAUACUGUAACUGUAUUUAAUUUUUGUAUAAAACAGAUAUUUUCAUGACUACGCAAAACAAAAGGAUGUAUUACUUGUUUUCUAUUGCUGCAGAUCUGUCCUAGAUGUGGACUAUAUGAGUGCGUAAGGAGUUGGUUGUAUUAUUUCCUUUGCUUGUGUCGCACAUGGUUCUCUUCAUUGGAGAGCUGCUGUCGAAACUAUG